GCGGCGUGCAGGCGGCGAUGAGUGCCUCUGCGGCCACCGGGGUCUUCGUGCUGUCCCUCUCGGCCAUUCCGGUCACCUAUGUCUUCAAUCACCUGGCGGCCCAGCAACACUUCUGGACAAUUGUAGGGGUUGCUGCCCUCAUCCUGCUCCUGGUGGCCCUGUUGGCUCGAAUCCUCGUCAAAAGAAAACCACCCCGGGACCCACUGUUCUAUGUGUACGCAGUGUUUGGAUUUACCGGCGUGGUGAACCUCAUCAUCGGACUGGAGCAGGACGGAGUCAUCGACGGGUUCAUGACGCAUUACCUGAGAGAGGGUGAACCGUAUCUGAACACUGCACAUGGGCACAUGGUCUGCUACUGGGAUGGCUCUGCUCAUUAUCUGAUGUAUCUGGUGAUGGUGGCAGCCAUAGCAUGGGAGGAAAGUUACAGAAACAUUGGCCUAUACUGGGUCGGAUCUAUUAUGAUGAGCAUGGUUGUUUUUGUGCCAGGAAACAUUGUAGGGAAGUACGGAACACGCAUUUGCCCUGCUUUUUUCUUAAGCAUACCAUACACUUGUCUUCCUGUCUGGGCUGGUUUCAGAAUCUAUAAUCAGCCACCAGAAAUUUAUCAUUAUCCCUCCAAGGUUGUUCAAGAAGUCCAAGCAAAGGACCUGCUGAGAAGGCCAUUUGACCUCAUGCUGGUCGUGUGUCUCCUCCUGGCAACUGGAUUUAGCCUGUUUAGAGGCUUGAUCGCCUUGGAUUGCCCAGCUGAGCUCUGCCGAUUUUACAUGCAAUUUCAAGAGCCGUACCUAAAGGAUCCUGCCGCUUAUCCUAAAAUCCAGAUGCUGGUGUAUCUGUUCUAUUCUGUCCCUUAUUUUGUGGUGGCGCUAUAUGGAUUGGUGGUGCCUGGAUGCUCCUGGAUGGCUGACGUAACUCUGAUCCACGCAGGAGGUCUAGCUCAGGCUCAGUUUUCUCACAUCGGUGCUUCUCUUCACGCCAGAACUGCUUACAUCUACAGAGUCCCCGAAGAGGCGAAGACCCUCUUUCUAGUGUUCAACAUAGCGUAUGGGGCUCUCCCGCAGCUCCUGGCCUACCGCUGCAUCUACCAACCCGAGUUCUUCAUGAAAACAAAGGCAGACGAGAAAGUGGAAUGAAAACAUGACUUCACACUGCUCUUCCCCAGGUCGCGGACUUCGGAUGCUCAUCCCAUUCCACUCCCUUCCCGCACAUGAACACUCCGCACUGUACCUGCGAGCUGUAGCUCUGUAUAUGGGACUGUAUAGGUAACUUUUAUUUUUUUGAAGGAAAGAUGAAGUUGUUAAGAGAAACAGUUUGUUUAAAGAAAUAUACGCAGUUUUUUCGUGAAUAAACUUGACCGUCUAUCUCAA